GUGGCGUUGAAAAGAAAUCGAUGAUCAUGUUUUAUCCUUCUAUUGAUUCUGGUUUAUUCCUAGUGUUAAUUUUCUCUUCAUUUGAAUAUUUACAUUCUCCUUCUUUUUUGUGUUGAUCUAUUUCAAAUCCUUUGUUUUUGAAUUUUUGUGAACCUGACCCCCACCAUUUGUGGAGAGAAGAAUAAAAUAUUGAAUUAAAAUAUUGAAUUAAAAUAUUGAAAAUUUUACCAUUAUCAUCAUCUUUUUUCUUCUUCCUCUUGAAGUACUUAACAUUAAAAAAUCAGUUCCUUGAAGUUGAUGGUAUUCUUCUUGUACACUGAUUGAAAUGGCACGAAAAAUAAAUCGUUGCCUUAGCUGCAAAAAGCUAAAGAUCAAGUGCAAUGAAGCUAAACCUAGUUGUGAAUAUUGUGCAGACACUGGAAGAAAUUGUGAGUAUGUUACUCCAAGUGUGAAACGAGUGAAAUUGAAUUCAUUUGUAGCAGAUGCAAGGUUCCCUGAUUGGGCUCUUGAUGUUGCUCUUAAUGUGAGACAUUCGUCAGUAGUACUUCCACAUAAGCAGAGAAAACAAUUAGUUCGAUAUCCUGCUCCACGUAGACUGGUAUAUUGUACUUCGCGAGUAUUGAAAGUAUCUAACUUUGAAUUACGUCUUUUGCAUUUUUUUGAGCACUAUUGUAUACCAUUAUUUUCAAUGAAUGUGCAUAAAAAAGUUGAGCUGGUUUGGAGGAAUGAAAUUCCAAAGCUUUGGAAUUCUUCUACUCUCAUUCGUCAGGCUGUUUAUCUGUUUAGUGCCUUGAACCUUUGGCCCUUAUGUGACCUUAAGCAAUUGGCAGCUACUUCGAUUGUGGACGUUGAUCAAAUAGGUGACUGCAAACAUUAUACAAGCAUUAUAGACCCUGACUCGAAUCCAAAUGGAGGUAAUCUUUAUGUCCAAACCAUUGAAUAUUUUGCAUCUUGUCUUGAAAGUAGUAUUGAUAAUAUCGGAUAUUUAUUAAGACAAGGUAAGGCAAUUUCAACGUUUAAAUCUGCAGAAAUAUUGGUAUCUGGGAUAUUGAUUUUUUCAUUUUUAGGGAUGCAUCCUCAUCGUAUAGUUCCGUUAAUAUCCUUUGAUAGGUCGGAAACUGACCUUUUACAGAUUUGUGACGGUUUAAGAAUAACAUAUGUGAUGAAUAUUCAAAUAUUAUUACAUUCUCCAUAUAAUGGUCUUUUCUUAUCUGAUGAAUGUAUGGAACCCACGGUUUCACCAAAGUAUCCUAUCAUUGAAAACCUCAAGUAUAGACUUGAUGAACUACCAGAUGACAAUUGCAAUAAGAAAGUCUAUUUACAAGCUAUUACAUUACUUGAAACUUGUCUAUUCCGAUCAGUAACAUUGAAUUAUGCGAGACCUUUAUUUCGAUGGAUCUUAAUGCAAGAUGAACUUACCGUAUUGGCUCGUGCAAAUGAUAGAUUUGCUCUUAAGAUUUUGUUUACUUUUGCAUGUCUAUGUAGAAUUUGUAAGUUUCAUCUCUAUCCUGCUGUAAAUAUGUGGCAGGAUUACAUUGAAUGGUAUAAACAGGACAAUAUAGGGCAUGAUGAAAAAGUAUGGAUAGACAUGGAUGAUAUGUUAUUGUACAAGUUUGUUAAAGAACAAGAUUUUGACCAUUCCGAUAUGCAAAUCUUUCGGUCUUUAGAUCCGUAUCUAAUAGAAUAGAGUUGUAUGAAUAGAAACGAAUUUACAAAGAGAAGAAAAGUACUGUAGGAAACGUUAUAUGAGCCAGACGAUGUUCCCAACUAUGAGAAUUAAUAGUACGUAGUUCAUUCUG